AUGUCAUCUGCUGGUGUCACGAUCCUUAGUCCUGUUCCAAAGGAACUAUUCUGGUCCCCAGAUGGAUACCAUACGCCACUGCACUUGUCGUUGGAUCAUGAGUUUAUUUUCGUAUUUCUAUCCCAUUCUGGAUCUUUGACUCCGAUGCGAGUUCUUCCAUACGAUACCAUUGAAUCGGUGAAACUCAAAAUCCAAAAGGCAGAGGGGCUCCCGUCAUUGACAAACAAACAAAAGUUGGUUUGUGAUGGGCGGGAGCUAGCGCGGAGCAAUUCGCUACUGAAGGACUAUGGGGUUACGGAAGGAAAUGUUUUGCAUUUGGUGAUUAGGCUGUCGGAUCUCCAGACCAUCAGUGUGAGAACCUCUUCUGGGAAAGAUUUUACAUUUCAGGUGGAGAGAUGCAGAGAUGUUGGGUAUAUUAAGCAGCAAAUUGCAAAGAAGGAGAAGCGCUUUGCUGAUCCUGAACAACAGGAGAUUGUGUGUAAUGGGGAGCUGCUUGAGGAUCAGAGGGUUAUUGAUAAUAUCUGUAGUAAAUAUAAUGAUGCAGUGAUUCAUCUUUUUGUUAGGGUGAAAUACGCAGAAGUUAGGACUGGACAAGAUGAGUUGUCUGUCGAGGCAAAGGAGUUGAAUGGUACAAAAGAAUAUGAUGUUAGUGAAAAUAAUUGUAGCCGAGAACAUGAUGUUAGUAAAGAAAAUACAGAAAGGGAGGAUGGUGAGCCAAUUGUGCAGAGGAAGGCUCUUGAUAGAGAUCUUCUUCUGGAGCCUGUUAUUGUUAAUAAGAAAAUUGAAUUAGCUUCAGGGAUUUGGAAUAUGAUAAACUCUACAUAUGAAGGGCUAAACAGUGGAAAUUAUCCAAUCAGAUCUGCAGAGGGUACAGGGGGUGCUUACUUUAUGCUUGAUUCAACAGGGCAAAAGUAUAUAUCUGUUUUUAAGCCAAUUGAUGAAGAGCCAAUGGCUGUGAAUAACCCUAGAGGUUUACCUUUGUCAGUGGAUGGUGAAGGCUUAAAGAAGGGUACGAGAGUUGGUCAGGGAGCACUCAGGGAAGUUGCAGCCUAUAUUUUAGACCAUCCAAUGAGUGGCCGUCGAACAUUAUUUGGUGAUGAGAAGGGCUUUGCUGGGGUUCCCCCGACUGUAAUGGUUAAGUGUUUGCACAAAGGAUUUAACCAUCCUGGGGACUUGACUACUAAGCUUGGCUCCUUGCAAAUGUUCAUGGAGAAUAAUGGAAGUUGUGAGGAUAUGGGCCCUGGGGCUUUUACAGUAAAGGAAGUACAUAAAAUUACUGUUCUGGACAUGAGACUUGCAAAUGCAGAUAGACAUGCUGGGAAUAUUUUGAUCGGCAAAGAGGAGGAAAAUGACCAGGCUGUUUUGAUUCCAAUUGACCAUGGAUACUGCUUGCCCACUAGUUUUGAAGAUUGUACCUUUGAAUGGCUUUAUUGGCCCCAAGCUCGCCAGCCAUACUCCGCCGAGAUCAUUGACUAUAUAAGGUCACUGAAUGCUGAUGAAGAUGUUGCCCUUUUGAAGUUUCAUGGUUGGGAUCUGCCAAUUGAAUGCGCCCGCACUCUUCAAAUCUCAACCAUGCUUCUGAAGAAAGGAGUGGAGAGAGGUAUGACCCCCUUUGCCAUUGGAAGCCUUAUGUGCAGGGAAUCCUUGAACAAGGAGUCUGUGAUUGAGGGAAUUGUAAAGGCAGCUCUGGAUUCUGUUCUUCCUGGCACAAGUGAAGAAACAUUUCUGGAUGCUGUUUCUGAAAUCAUGGACCAGCUCCUUGAUGGGAUUCUGUCAUAG